UUUCGUAGGGGUUGGUAUUGGGCCCUUUGCUCCUUAGUGUUGUGAAUAAUAUUGACAUAGGACUAGGGGAUGAGGUGCUUAUUUUUGACAUUUUAAGUGGUGGGAUGACAAAAAACGCAUACCAGGUGAGGCUUGACUUGAGAAACAAGUGAACCGGGACUCAGUAGCAGACAUUAUUGAAAUAUGAUGGAGAUAAGACUUGUGUCACUUUCAUGGGUGACUUACAAGAUCAAAGCUCUCCCCUUUCUACUGCUCCACGAGAGCACAUGAUCACAGCAGCUGUGAGGUUUCUUGGAAAUCCAAAGGUAGCAGGCAGCAGUGAUGAGCAGAAGAUAAUAUUCCUGAAGCAAAAGGGACUUAAUGAUGAAGAGAUUAAUGAAGCCUUCCUCAGGAGCGCAUCUGUCGCCUACAGUGUGGAACAGACCCAGACGUGUGCCUUUCUUAGCACCAGGCAGAGCUCCCGCUUUAUUGGACCGCUGCAGGCAGUCUGCCACGUCAUCGUGGUAUUCUUCGGGGGAGGCUACAUCAUAUAUUACAUUGUGAAGACGUACGUGCUGCCGUGGCUGACUGGCGGGCGGCGGCCCCGGUCCGGCGAACAGCGGCUGGCCGCGCUGCAGAGCAGCCUGGACGAGUCGGUGCGCUCGCUGGCCGCCUCGCUGCAGGUGAUUCAGAGCCAGGUCGCCGAACAGCAGCGGACGCUGCUUCAGCUGGGCCGGCCGGCCGACGACACUGCCCAGCUGCGCCGCGAACUGACGCAGCUGCGCACCGAGAUCACCUCCGUCAAGGGUCUGCUGCUCAACAGACAGCAGUUUCCUGCGGCGCCGUCGCCCCCCGCGCCGUCCAUCCCCGCCUGGCAGAUGGUCAAGACGCCGCCGCCCGAAGCCGUCGACAAGGGCAAGGCGGACAGCUCCAGCUCGGGCGAGAUCGUCAUCGUGAGCGGCAACAACAGCGACAACUCGGAUCAGCACAGUGAUAGCUAGUGUUGGCGUUCAGUACUUGAGCUUAAGCUGGUCACGAUUGGCGUUGGCAAGGCCGUUGUUGGCAAGGCCGUUGUGGCAAGGCCGUUCUCCGUUGUGGGACCGGAGACGUACUGUGGGGGCGAGGGCAACUCGUCACUCUUUGUUCUGAUUGUGUUAGGUUUGUGGCAUCACCAGAUGCUGGUGGGUUGGAGGUUAUCUUGUGAGGUCAGUUGGUACCUGGUAUCUUAAACAACGUUCAAUGGACAGUUCAGUGGAAAGUAAACCACACCAUGGAGAUGGGUGCGUAUGGGGGAGGGGUGGCAUUCCUUGGGCAUGUUAAAGUCAAUUUAAGUCGGGUAAAUUAAUCAUAAUGUGUGUUUUUUGGGGAGUUCAGUCGGCUGUAGCAUUUCUGGAAGUGGAUGUAGAUGUACAGCCUGAAUAUUGCAUUUUUAAUGAUGGCUGCUACUCCGUAUUUUGCUUGUUUAAUGAGAAGAAACUGCAUGCUGCUGGGUACAAGCAUGUGUUUGUAAUCGAUCGGAAGAAGGAUACUGGUCGCGUGGGGUGAUGAAUACGAUUUUUUUAGAAGCGACUUGUAGGCAAAACUA